AUGUUUAUUUGGCAGCUCUUCAUCCCUGCAACUACCUCGCUAACCUACAGUACGACGCCGAUUGUGGGUAACUACACCAACAAUGUUGGCUUCGUCUCCGAUGGACCCGGCGAUGCCAGAGCCGACCUCGGAGGCUUGACCAUCAAGGACAGUAACUCUGACAAAGGCUACGCGCUGCGGCUGGACGGCUCGCCCCUUGGCUUCCAGAAGUUCGCCAGCAACGACCUGCAAGGCAACUGGCGGGGGGUCAUCAAGGUGAGACCGGACUCUCGUUCUCCCAUGACCUUGUUGUCAGACGACUGCACGGAGGUGAAGAAGUCGGACACCCUGAAAGACGACGGAAGGACAAGUGGAAGCCCUCCAUCACCAUGA